UGUGACGUCAGAAGCAUGAAAAUUUAGGUCGUAAACAUAAAAAAUGAGUUAAUUAGCAUGUCGCAUAAUGAAACUGUAAAAAUUAACUAAUGAGUAACGCAAUAAGUGCUUAAAUCUUAUAAUCUCUUGGAUAAUCAUACAAAACUUACAAAUAAUUUUAGUUUUACAAUGAAGAUUUCCACUGGAAUUCUUUUCCUGACACUUUUAACUUCGUUAACUGAAACAAAAAAGCACAAAUCUACAACACCGCAACCCAAAAAGCCUAAUAAACCUAAUAAGAAUGGCGUUAUAGGGAGUACAUUGUAUUCCUUAUCAAUGGAAAUGAAUAAUCAACAGAUUAUGGAUUUUAUGAUUGAUAACGCCUUUGGUACAAGCACUUACAUUCGCACAAACUUUGGAAUUCGAUAUCCUGAAGUCAAAUUAGCGAGUAUUCAAAGAAUGUUGGAGACUGCUCCAACUGCAUCUUUUGAUACAGCUUUAAAUGACUUAGAAGUGUCUUACAACAACUUUAAAAGCACUUAUAUCUCAUAUCAUCCAACUUAUAAUCUGUUACAAUUGUUAGGAAUAUCCAUAGGCAAAGCAGUUGAUAAUUUCUUGGGUCAUUUAGACAACAAUAGUCAAACAUUGUUCAAAAUUCUAAAAUUAGUCAAUAUAGACCCAGAAGAGUUUCAGGAUACUGUGCAAAACAAAGGAGAAUCAGAGUUUUUUGAUCUCUAGCUGAUGGAACUUACGAAGAAGCAAAUUUAAAGGAAAUUUUAGAAAUUGCGAAACUUGAAGUUACUUUUACGAAUAUCAUUACUAUUCUUGAACUUGGGAAGGAUUUCACAGCUAAAUUUUCAAUGAAUGUCGAUGGGAGUUUUACAGGUAUCAUGAAAAAGUUAAAGAUUGAUCCUGAGAACUUGAAAGUUGCAAUGCGGAAUUUUGACAUUUCAACUUCCAAUGAACCAUCAACAAUUACUCCGAUUCCUGCUGUAUUAGAAGAUUUUGAAGAGUUGAAAUCUGUAGCAACACAGAUUUCUGAGUUUAAAGCUGUCACUCAUAAAGACGCUGCCAUUUUGAAGAAGUUCCGGGAGAUAGCGCCAUCUGCCACCUUGUUUGGAACUAAUUUAUCGGACGAUCGGAAAAUUGAAGUUAUUCCUAAUACAUUGAAUCCUACAGAUGCAAAUUAUGCUACUUUGUGGUCUGAGAACACAAUGGGGUCGAGAUUUACUGAAUUGGCGUUGACGGAUGAGAUACAGGGGAGAAAAGAAUAUUCAAACUGUUAUUACUGGUAUGUUGAUGAUCAGUUUGCAACACAAUAUGAGGUGACGCCUGUUUUGGAGAAGUACGUGUUUGAUGUGAAGAAGGCCCAUGCGGAGGACGUUUUAAUGGAUGGAACUCCUUUGGUUUGUGAUGGGAAGCUCUAUGCUUUGACUGUUAAUGACAUGGCAGGGAAAUCAGACGCUGUUUUUGUUAGUAAAUAUCCGAUUAUGAGAGAAGAAGAAGGAAGCAGUGGUUUCUUUGGGAGUAUUAUUAAUAUGGUCACUAAAGUUUUCAAGGGAAUGUUUAAAGGUGUCACGGAUAUUAUUUUAAUGCCGUAUAGGUUUGUUAAGAAAAUAUUCUCGAGUUUUUUUAAGUAAUGAAUAUUUAACACGAUGAUUAUUUGCAAAAAUGCGGUUUGUGUAAUCAAAUAAACAAUUUCAAGCUGUAUAAAUUGAGAAA